AGGACUCGGUCAUCUAAGGAGAGGGCACUGCCCAGCUGCUGAUUCUGAGAGUGGAAAAAAGAAGUCUAGAGCCAGUUGCUGUUGCGAGGGUGACACUGACAGAAACAAAAAGUAAACAGGAAGGAACACAAGACCCUUCUUCCCUCCCUCUGCUUUCAAAGCUCCCUGUAGCCUAAUGCAACCUACUGUUGAACCUAACAGGAAAGUCGGCUGGCAAAAGAAAUGAAGUUUGCAGAGUUCCAGCCCCGGCACCACAGUGCGGAAUGCCAUGGGUGAUUUGAAGCUGAGAGAGAAUCACUUGCCAAGUGACGAGGGAAGGGCUCUCUAAACAGACUUCAUCAUGAAAAGGAGGAAGCCCAAACUAACGUGAGUUUAAAACAUUGUCUCCAAGAGAGGAUCGUGACUUGGCCCUGAAUUGAGGUAAGAAACAGUUUUCUGACGUCUGUGUGUAAGUACAAUGAGGAAGACAGACAGGAAGCCUUCCAGGAGGAUCAGUGAGCAAGCUGCUGUCUGCGUCCCACCCUCCCACAGUCCAGGAGAUCUUCAAACUAUGUUGGAUGGGGGAGAGUAUGCCCCUUUUGUAUCUCUUCCCAUGUUAGAGAGCAAUUUUAUCCAGGUCAACAGGAGAGGUGAAUCCAUUUAUCUCCAUAACCGAGCCAACUGGGUGACUGUAGGCAUUUGCUCUUCCGGUCACACCCACAAGACCCCCAACGUGAUGCUGCUGGCGCAUCUGACACCUGCUGCCCCAAAAGAUACAGAACUCCUGUUUAAAAGUCUCCUGACCUCUUCUUCUCCAGAGAAAUUGGUGCUCACCAGGUUUCUCCCUCUGCAAUUUGUGACUCUUUCUGUGCAUGAUGCUGAGAAUUUGCGCCUCAAGGUAAAGCUGGUGAGUGGCCGAUCCUACUACCUACAGCUCUGUGCCCCUGCAUGCAAACAGGACACGUUAUUUUCUCAAUGGGUAGAAUGCAUCUCCCUCUUGAAUCAGGAGAAAGCCAAAGCUUCCAAAAUGUCGAAAAUCUCAAGCCUCUCGGAAAUCACAAAUAGCACGGACAUCACAGGCUCCGGGGACAUCAUGGAUAUCGCCAUGUUCACCGCUGUGCAGACCCCACAGGUGCACGCUGACCCCAUACAUGCCAUAGAAAGCAUUGAUUUCUCAGAAUUAACAGACAUCACCGAUAUCACCGACGUCACAGAUGUCCCAGAAAAUGAGGCCACGGAGGCCCCGGACAUAAACAUUUUCACAGAAGUCACAGAAGUCACAGAUCUCUAUGAUGUCAAAAAUACCUCUAUGAUGUCGGGGGUCAGAAUGGUGUUUGAAAAUGAUGACAUACUAAGGGCCAAGCAAGAGGAAAAGGAAAAAAUGGAAAACAUUCUGAAGCCUGGGUGUCUACAAGAUACGAAAAGCAAGAGUGAGUUAAAAGAAUGCUCAAAACAUGUCGCCAUUUCAAACAUAACACUAACUUUCGAAGGUGAAAGAUGUUUUCAGACUACCUUGACUCCAGAAGAAAGUGAGACAAAUACAUUCAAAGAGAUCAGUGACAGAACCUCUGAAAUAAGUACAACUGAUUUUAAAAGCACGGCUCUGAUGGCGGAAGAAUCCAGGAGCCCGAGGACUGUUUCAGGCACUUCAGAUAAACACAAACCACUAAACUGAAAAGCAAGCACAGCUCAAGAAAUAACAACCAACACAAGGGAAAAACAAAGCAGCAUCUCCCAUGUGGCAGAAAUAAAGUCGA